AUGAUGCCCCGGCAUCAUGCCGCCGCCUUUUCGAAUGGCUAUCCUCGUGGGAAUACCUUUGACAUCUCCCCUCACAAGUUCCAGCCGCGCACUUUGACGCCUGCCCAACGGCGUCGCAAUAAACUUCUCGUCCGCCUAUGCAUUUUAGCGGCGAUACUGUUCGCUUUUAGUCUCUGGCUUUGGCCUUCCAGCCCCGUGGCUUCGCUGGUAUCUUUCGGACUCCUUUCUGCUGGUGGUGCACCAGAACUUGAGACAGUUCGAUACUACGACUUGACCACCGUCCAGGGCACUGCUCGUGGCUGGGAACGCGAAGAGCGCAUUCUGUUAUGUGUACCACUACGUGAUGCCGAGGCACACUUGGGAAUGUUCUUUUCGCAUAUGCGCAAUCUCACAUAUCCGCACCACUUGAUCGACCUUGCCUUUCUCGUGUCCGAUUCCAAAGACAAUACUCUAAAGGUUCUUUCUGAUAGUUUGGAGGCCAUCCAAGCCGACCAGGAUCCUAAGCAACCAUACGGGGAGAUCUCAAUCAUCGAGAAAGACUUCGGGCAGAAGGUCAACCAGGAUGUCGAAAGUCGCCACGGUUUCGCUGCUCAGGCCAGCCGACGAAAGCUGAUGGCGCAAGCCCGAAAUUGGCUUCUGAGCGCAGCUCUGCGGCCGUACCACUCCUGGGUUUAUUGGCGCGACGUAGACGUUGAAACAGCACCUUUCACCAUUUUGGAGGAUCUCAUGCGCCAUAACAAGGACGUCAUCGUUCCCAAUGUUUGGCGACCAUUGCCUGACUGGCUCGGUGGUGAACAGCCCUACGAUUUGAACUCAUGGCAGGAGUCUGAGACAGCUUUGGCCCUCGCCGACACACUUGAUGAAGAUGCUGUCAUUGUUGAAGGUUAUGCCGAAUAUGCCACAUGGCGUCCUCAUUUAGCGUACCUCCGUGACCCCUUUGGUGAUCCCGACAUGGAAAUGGAAAUUGAUGGUGUUGGGGGUGUCAGUAUUCUUGCAAAAGCCAAAGUCUUCCGAUCCGGUGUUCACUUUCCAGCCUUCAGUUUCGAGAAGCACGCAGAGACAGAAGGUUUCGGCAAGAUGUCCAAGAGAAUGGGGUACUCAGUCAUUGGUCUACCUCAUUAUACCAUCUGGCAUUUGUAUGAGCCUAGUGUGGAUGAUAUCCGCCAUAUGGAGGAGAUGGAGCGGGAACGACUUGCCCGGGAAAAGCAAGAGGAAGAGAAGAAAAAGAACCAACAAAAGAUCAAAGAAGAGUAUAGUGACACCCGCAACGAGUGGGAGAAGGAUAAGCAAGAGAUGCAGAAUCUGGCAGCUCAGCCAAAGCCCGUGAAAGACACACAGAAAGCUCCCAGCCGAGAUGGGUUGGCCCAGCCCCAUAAUCAACAACCUGGUUCUGGCAACCAAGCCAAGGCGGGCUCAGUUAAUGCCGCUCAAGGCGACAUCAAAGCGCAAGUGGUCAAGCAGGAGGGUAACGCAGCAAGACAAGAAGGCAAAGCGGUUCAAAAGGGAGACAAACGAGCUGCUGUUGGUGCACAAGAUGUGCCCCAAGCCAACCCAGGGGCCGCUCAGCAAGUCGGUAAUGCGGCUGCUUGA